AUGGAGGAAAAUGGAAGUUGGAGUAAAGGUAACAAGAUGAAAGACUAUAACAAUGUGUUGAAAUCAACAAAUAAAGCCAUCAUCACUUACAGGAAAUCAACAAUAGAAAGUGGAAGAGAAGACAACAAUGGUGAAGAAAGUUUUGGUGAGUUUUCAUGGCCUCCAAAGUCUUACACUUGUAGUUUCUGUAAAAGAGAGUUCAGAUCUGCUCAAGCACUUGGUGGUCACAUGAAUGUUCAUAGGAGGGAAAAAGCCAAGCUUAGACAAGUAAACCCUCAAAGAUAUCUUUCUUUUCUUAAUCCCCAAAACCCUAACCCUAAUGUCAUAACAUGUUUAUCUUCAAAUACUUCAUCAUUUCCAACAAUGCCCCCACCCGUAACAUAUUCAUGUUGUCUUCCACUCUUUGAUCCUGCUAGCCAUCGUUCACAUGUUGUGUGUCUUUCAAACGGUGCAAAAUCCGAAACUCGAACUCGAAAACCCGAUUUUAUGGUAGAUUGUUCUCAAGAAAAGGAGGGUCUGCUUGUGGAUCCCAAGUUUGAUGAUUUGGAUUUGGAACUUCGACUUGGGUGUUCUUAGGUUAACGUUGGACAACCUUAAAUCUUCAAAGUUUAGUAUGAACCAAAAGGAGUCACAUG